UCCAAGACGUAUACCACGAUGAUGCUGUCGGCUUCUCUCUUCCUGUCCUUCGCUGCAAUGGCGCUUGCUGGACCACCAGUGCCAAACCACAGGUUCUCUAAGGAUGAACUUCAGCGCUACUUUGGUGUUGACAGCGACGACAAAGCCCCUGAGUACGAGAUAGUAUAUCCGGAAUAUGUGACUGCUGACACCAAGCGCAGUAUGGAUCGUAGUUCCAUUACAGCCUCGCACCUCGACGUUUACGUCGAUGCAUUCGGUGAGACCCUCCAUAUGACGGUGGAGCACGACGACAGUGGCAUUAAACCUGGACUCGAGGCCGAAUACCUCACUGAUGAGGGCAUCAUCAAGGUGCCUGUCCAAACUGACUGUAUUUACAGCGGCAAAGUCGUCGGGGAAGGUGACUCUCUCGUGUCUGUCACCACUUGCGUGGGUUUGAUGGCAAUUGCGUAUCAUGCCUCUGGGCCGACAUACAUUGAACCACUGGAUGAUGAGCACGCCUACAAGAGGGACAUUGGGCGUGGCCUCCCCCACGUUGCCUACAAGAAUAAACCGCAAAAUGGUGCCUCUUGCCCUGUUAGGAGUCCAUUGUGCGUUGAAGGAGAUGUCAAACCAUCGGGUACCAAGUAUCUGAAGCUUGCUUUUGUCGGCGAUGCUUUGUUGCACUAUCUACGCGGAAAUUCCACCCUGACCGCUCUGACAACGGUCUUCAACGCGGUCAAGAAUAUCCUUCAACUAGAUUCACUGGCUGGAAAAGACCUCGUUCCCAAACUGGUGCAUAUGAUAAUCCUCACUGUGAGACAGCCUGGAUUUUGGAUCAGCUGGAAUGCGUAUCGCUAUCUGCCAAGCGCUGCGGAAUGGCUGGAUACGAAACAGUACCCGCCUUCCGAUGAUCGUCACUGGGACAAUGCUGCUAUAUUUAGCGGACUGCCCUUCGUUAACGGUAUCCUUGGCCUAGCAUAUGUUGGCGUUUGUGACAGCAAAGAGGCAGUGUCUGUUUCGAGAUUCCACAGUCUUGAUGAGGCUACCGCCACGGCUGCUCAUGAGAUUGGACACAAUCUGGGCAUGUGUCACGACAACCAGGACAAUAGUUGUCCGUCUACUGGUUACGUCAUGGCCCCCUACGAGAGUGAAGUUAAGAUCGAACCCAUAUGGUCUUCGUGCAGUAGGCGUUACUACAACAGGUUUGUCGACUCGAACACCUGUUACAAUGACUCCUAGAUUAUGCGAUCGGAAUGCCAAGUCUACACCAUCAAGAGACUACGCAACAACUUGAAAAGACAAAGUCCAAUUAGCUUUGAAUUACCUAUUAGAUUAGAGCAUGCGUAAUGCAGUAGACAGAUCUUCAUGCCUUCAUUGGUCUGCUCUUUAUUCUCAUCAAUUUUAAAGGCACAUGUAUAUCUUUGUGUAAGUCCGAAAGCGUUGUAAAUGCCGAAGUUCCUUAAAGCCCUCCGAAGAGUGAGCGUGCCUCAACCUGAGGCAAAAUUACGUGAUUUGUAUCACAUGGCAACAAUCCAACCCAGCAGCUGGCCCACAAUUUCUGAUUUUGUACGUUGGACCCCGCCCCUCCUUUUAGAGGGUGUUUCACCCACCGAGUAAGUUUGGUACUGCCACGAAUUUGGAGCGAAGAUACCCACCCCUUAGCGCUCCCGUAUCGUCGAUCACUCCAGGAUCUUACCUAUCUCGAUUUUUGACGGUUUUUAGCAAAUUCUUGUUUUUAGCAUAUUCGUGUUCUGCAAAAGCGAAUAUUUAUUUUCUGAAAGUUUCAAACUUAUAGGUGCUCUAAAAAGCUAAAUAAAUUAACUUGAUUAAUUAAAAAUGUUGACCUACCUCUCCAAAUUUUAAACUUACUACUUCACGGACUGACGCACUGACUGACUGCGUGAAACGUGAAGACAAUUACGUUUUAUUUCAACGAAUUGACCUAUACAGUCUGGUAUCUGGACCGUAAGCGAUACCUGUCGAUGCUGUUUGAAGUUCGGUGAUUCAGAACCAGUCUUUAGCACUGUUCGGUGUCAUUCAUUGGCUGAACGUUGAACCUUAAUCCCAACCCAGUUUCUGUUACUGUAAAUAGCUGAGCUCAAGUAUAUAUAUAUUUCUUAUGAUAUUCGAACAAAAUCGUGAUGGACAUUCGUACGAUGACAUAAAAUCCUGAGCGAGGCGUACUUGUGUAGUCAGUCACGGCAACAAAACUGUAGCAGUCUCGUCUUUUGGAGCCCUGUCGGGCCGGCCCAUGUCAGCGAGACUAAAAAUAGCAUUUAUACCUUUUUUGUUCAUGACGUUUUGAGCGUUGUGUUUUUCUUUUAGGUUGAUUUAGUAAACCAGUCCAGAUAAAAUUUUAAAGUCUACACAGUUAAAAAGAAGCUAAAUGCAACGAAGUGUAACAAGCUAUAUCCAGUUGCCACGUUUCUGGUUAAAAUUGCAAAGUAUGCAAAAACCUAAAAGCAUUGUUUGCUACAUACUGCAAAAAUAAGUACACAAGACCAAAACUCGAAUCGAAUCUCUGUCGACUUUUUUUUGGGGGGGGUUAAAAACCAUACGAAGCUUUUUAUUUCAAUUCUUAAAUCAAAAAUAACGAAAAGCUAUUAAUUACUUAAUGCAUUGACACCUGCCGUAUUUUGCCUCAGAAUUUAAGGAGCAAACAGUCAGACUUAAAGAUCAGUGUUAUCGUAAAAUUCUCUCUACGUGAGCUAAGACCCUAUUUAUUUCAUUUUCUUUCCAACUCCCCCCAUACCACUGUUUGUUUGUUUGUUUGUAUGCACUUCCCCUCAGAUUUUUUAUUCAUUACAGUGCUGGCACUCCGUAUCAUAGAAUGUUCGCCAGCUGUUACUGUAUUCAUAAUUUUUGGUCUAUAUCCUUCAUUAAUGUCAUUUGAAAGUCAUUGUACUCUGUAAAACCACUAAGAGACAACUCUGACACUGUUAGAUCUUCCACAAGUACCUUCUACUUUCCUUCAGCUUUUGCAAAGUUUUACUUUGUAGGACGUUUAUAAUCGAAAAAUAUUAACAAAGACAGUAGGGGAUUUUAAACGAACCUUCAGAUAAAUCAACGUGGAAAGGUCCGCGCGCAUGCGCAAACGACGUAGGUCACUGUUAUCCACAGAGAAAUAACAAUGUUAUCGUUCCACGAAGCGACCCAUCUGGAUAACUUGCGCUUUGCGCUCAUAAAAUAUGACAAUGAAAUUUUAACGAACUGACAUAUAUGGUUUUAGCGCAUAACUUUGACCCAGUACUAUAAAUUCUGCCCAACAAAAUAUCUCAUAUAUUAAGUUAACUGUCGAACUUUAUUAAAAUAAGAAAUCUGUGUCAAUAAAGGUUAGUGUAGUGAGGGAAAUGAAAGGUCCAAAACAGGCCAGACUUCAAACGCGUUUUUCUCGAAAUGUCAAAAACUGAGAUAGGUCAGAUCGUGGUACCACCGACGAUAUAUUUGGGUACAAAUUUGCCCCUUUCCCUUGUGACAGUUUAGCAGGCCACUGUGGAGUGAUUUCAUUGCCCUGGAUGACUGCCAGUGCCGAGGAUUGAAUGCUUUUUGGCUCUCCACACAGCGUGAGUAAGGUUUAUUGCCCUUGUUCUAUUGUUUCCUGGGAAGAUAUCUGCCUGGCAGCUGGGAAGAUCAAUGACCCUUGCCAAUGAGCAUAUGCAGCAAGGUAUGAGACGGAGAACACCCCCCUGCUUUGUGUUGGUCAUUGUCUCGCAGGAAUCUGGGGAAU